CUUUUGCGCUUGGGUCUACAGCUGUGAGCCUGGUUCCAUUGACUGUGUGGCGAGUUAUUGAGUGAGAUCUUGCUACUACGCAUUGCAGAUUCUAGCUGUCACCGGCAAGAUGUUGAUCUUCUGCCCCAACUGCAGCAAUGCGCUGACCAUCUCCCGUGCUGACUCAAGCAAUGCCUUCCCGAUGGGUGUCAACCGCUUUGAAUGCCGAUCCUGUCCCUUCGAAGCCCCGCUGGACAAACAAUGGUUUGAGAAGACAGAUAUGAAGCAGAAGGAGGUGGAUGAUGUCUUUGGAGGCAAGGAGGAGUUUGCCAACGCUGACAGUGUUGCCACUCAAUGCCCCGCAGAGAACUGCAACGGGGAACGUGCAUACUUCUUCCAGCUGCAGAUUCGCAGUGCAGAUGAACCUAUGACUACAUUCUUGAAGUGUACAUCGUGCGGUGCUCGGUGGAGAGAAAAUUAGAGUUGGGCCUCAACACGGGACAGUGUGUUUUGCUUUACUUUUCUAUUUUGUUCUUUUUUUAUGCAUUUCUUUGGAGCAAAUGGCGCAUAUGGACCAAAAAGAUAUUCCAGAUACCCAAAUUGAUCGACG